AAGACGACGUCGUAGAGCAGGCUUUUGCUUGUCGUGCAAUAUAUCGUAUCGUACGACUACAAAUAUAUAUACAACUGCUCUGUUUCUGAAAUAUCUACGCUCUCAAAUUUGGGAAAAAUCAAUCGAUUAGCUGAUUGCUCCUUUCUAUUAUAAUCUGCAUGGCGACCGAACAACCAAAGCCGGCGACUGAGGACCCAAAGAUCGAUCUAUUUGAAGACGAUGACGAGUUUGAGGAGUUCGAAAUUGGUCAAGAGUGGGAUGACAAAGAAGAAGGCAAAGAAGUGACUCAGCAAUGGGAAGAUGAUUGGGAUGAUGAUGAUGUUAAUGAUGAUUUCUCCCUGCAGCUUAGGAGAGAACUCGAGAGCAACACAGAGAAGAAUGAAGCCAAAUCUACAUGAAACAGUUGUCUUAAGCGAGAUGCUUGGUAGAUUUUCGAUCAAAAAUUGGGUUUGUUGUUAUUUUAUAUGACCAGCUGUUGCUGAAACAUCUUUAAUUCCACCUUCUGAACUUCAUAAUGAAAUUUACCGGUUGUGAGUUGUGAAGUUA